UGGUAUCUGAUAACCCCACACCUCUUACCAUGGAAAAUCCUUCCACUGAUGUUGUUACCUCAUCAGCUCUUACAAUUGAGCCUCUUUCUACAACAGAUUUAAGUACAACAGUUCCUGCUGAUACUGUUUCUACAACUUCGUAUCCCACUACGGACAUCCCAAAUUUGAUAACUGACUCUGCCUCUACGGCAUCUGAUAACCCCACACCUCUUACAAUGGAAACUCCCUCCACUGAUCCUCUUACAUCAUCAGCUUUUACAAUGGAACCUCUUUCUACAACAGAUUUAAGUACAACAGAUUCCACUGAUACUGCUUCUACAACUUCGUAUCCCACUACUGACAUUUCAAAUUUUAUAACGGACUCUACACCUCUUACCAUGGAAACUCCUUCCACUGAUGCUUUUACCUCAUCAGGUCAAACAACGGGACCUCUUUCCACUUCAGCAGUUACACAUCGCGGCUGUACAGUGAGAGAGGGGACCUCUUUUACUGUGUUAGCAGACAAAUACCUCAACUCCUUAGGUUUUUCAUUCUACUUGGAAAUAGUUGUGAAUCUCUUAUCUUUAAGAUUUCCCUGUGUCACCCGACAAUAUACCUCAGUAACACUGGACAAUGCAGACACAAAUGAAACCAUCACUACCGAGAAGGGCUAUUUCCUGCAAAGCAUAAAGGGAAACUACAGGGACUCUCAGGCAGACGUCCAAAUGCUUCCUUGCAAUCAGUCUCUUCUCUAUGGACUAAAAAGAGCUCUGGAAAUUUCCCCCGCUGAGUCUGUCAUUACCGUAUUCACUUCUGGUUCCAUGAUAGAUUACAAUGACCCUCAGCUCCUGUCUGAGGUUUACACAUUGCUGGAGGAAAAGAAAUCACAAGUUUAUGUCAUGCUGUAUACUGGAAAUUGUUCAGUGAGUGCCUCAGAAGAAGAAAUAUUCAAUAACAUCUCAUCUAUUAGUUUUGGAGAAUUCCUCGCUGUUAAUGAUUAUAAUUAUUAUCAGUUGGUGACCUCCCUGGAAUUACUUUUAUCUAAACCUCUGAAUUCAUCUGUGAACAUUCUGGACAUAAAAUUAAAUGUCACCAAUCAAUACAUUCAAGAGUUUAAUGUCACAACUUCCUUAUCCUACUUACUGAUCACAAGAGAUGAUAAAUUUGCUCUUAACAUAACCGAUCCAAAUGAAAACACAAUUACAUUGGAGGAAAAUCCCUAUAAUAAACAGAAUUAUUCCAACCUUUACAAAAAUGCCUUUAUAAGUUCCCAUUUGGUAAAAGGUCCAGCUGUGGGAUCCUGGACUCUAAAGGCUUGGGGGAAUGGAUUGCUUAUUGUUCAAGUAUUGGGGUUUACUGGGCUGAACACAUCAGGAAACUGCUCUGACUGUCACCCGAAUGCGUCAUGUGAAGAGUUUGGUGGGGACCAGCAGUGCACGUGUAAAGUUGGAUUUGCCGGAGACGGGACGUAUUGUGACGACAUAAAUGAAUGUCAGGAUCGUUACACCAACAUUUGUGAUUUUUAUGGUGGUGGUUCCUGUGUGAACACUAUCGGAUCUUACACCUGUAAUUGUAACCCUGGAUUUCAGUAUAAUGAAGCAUUUGGCUGUGUUGACAUUGAUGAGUGUGCGGAGAGCUCUCUGAAUGACUGUCAUCCCCUAGCUGUGUGUACCAAUGGAUACGGGUCAUACACGUGUACUUGUCCCUCUGAUUAUUAUAAAAAUGAAUUAAAUUCCUGUAUUGACCCUUGUUCCAAUCACACCAUACUUAACGACACUUGGCGCAGUAUUUCUAAUAAUCAUACCGAACAAGACUAUUGGAAUUCCACGGAUUGGAUUCAUUGCGACGACAACCUGUAUGGCUGGUAUCGGUUUAAAGGAGAAUAUGAUCUUCAUAUCCCAGAGUACUGUAUACCGUUCUAUAGCUGUGGCACACACGCUCCCAUGUGGAUAACCAGCCCACACCCAACAGUCAGCGAUGGCAUUGUCAGUCGUAAAGCAUGUGCCAACUGGUGGUAUGGUGAAAGUUGCUGCACAUGGUCCAAUCAAAUUGCAGUAAAAUUGUGUCCUGAAGGAUUUUAUGUGUAUAAUCUACAGGGGACACCAACCUGCUGGUUGGCCUACUGUACAGUUUCAGGGAAUGAGACAAACACCACAGCAGAACCUUCUACAACAAAUUUUGAUACAACUUCUCAGACUCCAUACUCCACAACAUCUGAUAUCACUACAGGUCCUACUGUGAGGACAACUUCUACUAAUACUUUUCCUGUAUCAGACCUUACUACAGGGUUGUCUUCUACAACAGGAGUUACGGAUCGCCAAUGUAUAGUGAAAGAAUCCGAUUUCAGUUCCGUGGUCACUCAAUGUUUUCCUGAUGAAGAGUGCAUGACUGUUGAUGGAGUUACCGGGUGUCAUUGUAGUCCAUCAUUAAAGAACACUUCUACUGAAUAUGCCAGGCCUGAAGAUAUUAACAUUGAAUGUGGAAUGACACAAAUUACUAUAUCUUAUAGUAAAUGUUACAUCGAGUUGUUGGGAUUCAAUACUUCAUCAUUGCAGCUAAAGGACAGGAACUGCACUGGGGUCAUUGAAAUAAGAGAUAGAAAGUACAUUACCGUCACCACACUUCCGAGGAGCGGUUACUGCGGAGCUGAGCUGAUAGCAAGUGGUGAUUAUUUAACAUACAUGAAUGUGGCGUAUUUAUCAACCAUGUUCUCCUCGUUCACGUUUUCCACAAAUAUCUCAUGUACUUAUCGAAGAAGCAUGGAAAAUCUCCUGUGGCUCUCUACAAGUGUCCUUGUAAGUGAAAGCAAUCUAUCCCUCGAAGGCUCUUCAUCCUACACAGUCAGAAUGGGCGUCUUCCAAGACUCUAAUUACACAAUUCUCUAUGAGGACCCAGGAACCUGGAUAGAUACAAAUGUGUCUUUGUACACCGGGAUAAGUGUGGAAAAUAAUACCUCUUCCACAGCCGUGCUGCUAAUAAAGAGCUGUCAUGUGACCACUGCAUCCGAUACAGAUACUGCGAUAUACCGCGUCAUCAGUGACUACUGCCCUGUUAUGAAUGACUCUACCCUAUAUGUGGGAGAGAAUGGAGUCUCCCUACAAGGACGUUUCUCGCUUAUUAUCUCAGAGUUUGCUGGAAAUUACAGCAGAAUGUAUAUAGAUUGUCAGGUUCACUUGUGUAAUACGACAUUGGAAAUGUGCAGCCCGAAUUGUUCCCAAACAAACCCCGGGAUCAUGGAUAAUGGGGUGGACAUCACAAAUCUAACAGUGGGCCCUCUGUUUUUAAAAGGUAAAAUGUAUCUCUUUUUUUUUUAUAGGUUUGUAUGUAUUUUCUUACCAAGUACUAAACGUAAAUGCAUUCAGAACAAAAUAUCUCAGAAUUUGUGUUUUUAUUUUUUAUAUAUUUUUUUGCUAUAUACAAUAUACAUAAUAAUGUAUGUCACUAAACACACAGAUUGGUGAUAUAGCAUAAAAAAAAAACACUGUAAGUUUAUUAAAAUUACAAUACACAAUGUACGUAAAACCGACAAGAAACACACAUCCUGAUUUUAGAAAUGGCUGGUUAUCUAGUAUAGGUUAUUAUGUUAUUAUUAUUAUUAUUAUUAUUAUUAUUAU